AAACACACGCGUACUGCUGUCUCUCCACCGUACCCACUUACGUAAUGAAGCUCUCAUUGUAUUACAUCAAUACAUGUGUAUACCGUAUACCCCCAAGGCUAGAUGUUGCCCUAAAUUGCCAGAUUGUGAAUCAUUAGUCAUCAAAUAUGACUUCUGGGUCAAACAUCAAUCCACCAAUGUUCACGCAACAUCUGCAAGGAAUAAAGAUAGAGAUCAAAGAGGAAAGUGAUGAUGAGGAUGAUUACGAGUCAAGAGGAUUGGAGGUCGGUCCACCGAUGUUCAUGCAACAUCUGCAAGAAAUAAAGAUAAAGAUCAAAGAGGAAAGUGAUGAUGAGGAUGAGUACAACAAGUCAAGAGAAUCACCCUGUUCAACAAUGGAUGAUCAGCAGGACAGCCAUCAAAAUGAAAAUGAGAUACAUGAAGAGAUUCUAAAACCGUAUACUAUCAAAUUUGAGACUGACUCUGAUGAUGAUGGCAAUACAAUAGAUGAUGCGUACCAUAUGCGAAUGAAUGAUCUCCUUGGAUUGAAAGGCUUUGAAAGAGACAUCCAAACACUAACUAAUCCAACAACAUCAGGUCAUCAGGGGACUCAGUCAGGUGAUCCCAACACUCAAUCAUGUGACCAGAAGGCAGAACACACGUUGACAGAGUUAGCUUCGGAAGGUGACAAGAAUACCGAGCAAUCGGGUGAUCAGAAGACAGAACAAAGUUUGACAGAAGGAGCUUCGGGACUUGACCAUACUGCCAACCAAUUGGGUGAUCUCAACACUCAGUCAUGUGAUCUAAAGAUAGAACACACUUUGACAGAAGUAGCUUCAGGGGUCGAUCAGACCACCAAGCAAUCAGACGAUCUCAACACUCAAUUAGGUGAUCAGAAGACAGAAUACACUUUGACAGAAGUAGCUCCAGGAAGCAACCAGAAUCAACUGCGAGUUGGAGGAGCUGAUGGAAAUAUUAAAUCUCUCCCAGAUUCUGGAAUCUAUAGCAGCAAAUACCGUGGAUCACCAUAUGCUAUUCCUCUCAUCUUAGCAAGGCAUCUCGACUACCAACAUGGAAUAAGCAGUAUAUACAUGCCUGCAGAUGCAUCAGAAGAACAUAUUUUGACAUUCCCUAAUGAAGGAAUACAAGAACCUUUGAGCAAUGAUGAAGUUGAGGAGCCAUAUGCCUGUGAUCAGGGUGAUAAAGAACUCAAUCAAGUUGGUGAUCAUGUUGGAGAUGCGCCGAAUAGCAAAGCAAGUGAUAAAGACCAUGUAUGCCAUCAAUGUGGUAAGGCAUUUAAUCAAUCUGGUGAACUCACAAGACAUAAACUAAUCCAUACUGGUGAGAAACCCUAUGUAUGUGACCAGUGUGGUCAAGCAUUUAGUCGUAAUUAUCUCAAAAUAAUACAUAAACGUAUCCACACAGGUGAGAAGCCCUAUGUAUGUGAUCAAUGUCAUAAGGCAUUUAGCAAUCGUUAUGCUCUCUCCAUACAUAUAGGAAUCCAUACAGGUGAGAAACCUUAUGUAUGUGAUCAAUGUGGUAAGACAUUUAGUCAAUCACGUCACCUCAUUACACAUAAAAAUAUCCAUACACCUAAACAUAUCCAUACACCUGAGAAGCUCUAUACGUGUGAUCAAUGUGGCAAGGCCUUUAAUAAAAAAUGCAAUCUCACAGCACAUAAGCGUAUCCAUACAGGUGAGAAACCUUAUGUAUGUGAUCAAUGUGGUAAGGCAUUUAGUCAAUCAACACACCUCAGUAGACAUAAACAUAUCCAUACACCUAAACAUAUCCAUACACCUGACAAGCUCUAUACGUGUGAUCAAUGUGGCAAGGCAUUUAAUCAGAAAGGCAAUCUCACAGCACAUAAGCAUAUCCAUACAGGUGAAAAACCUUAUGUAUGUAAUCAAUGUGGUGAGGCAUUUCAUCAGAAAGGCAAUCUCAAAGUACAUAAGCGUAUCCAUACAGGUGAGAAACCUUAUGUAUGUGAUCAAUGUGGUAAGACAUUUAGUCAAUCACGUCACCUCAUUACACAUAAAAAUAUCCAUACACCUAAACAUAUCCAUACACAUGAGAAGCUCUAUACAUGUGAUCAAUGUGGUAAGGCCUUUAAUCAAAAAUGCAAUCUCACAGCACAUAAGCUUAUCCAUACAGGUGAGAAACCUUAUGUAUGUGAUCAAUGUGGUAAGGCAUUUAGUCAAUCAACACACCUCAGUAGACAUAAACAUGUCCAUACACAUAAACAUAUCCAUACACCUGACAAGCUCUAUACGUGUGAUCAAUGUGGCAAGGCAUUUAAUCAGAAAGGCAAUCUCACAGCACAUAAGCGUGUCCAUACAGGUGAAAAACCUUAUGUAUGUAAUCAAUGUGGUGAGGCAUUUCAUCAGAAAGGCAAUCUCAAAGUACAUAAGCGUAUCCAUACAGGUGAGAAACCUUAUGUAUGUGAUCAAUGUGGUAAGACAUUUAGUCAAUCACGUCACCUCAUUACACAUAAAAAUAUCCAUACACCUAAACAUAUCCAUACACAUGAGAAGCUCUAUACAUGUGAUCAAUGUGGUAAGGCCUUUAAUCAAAAAUGCAAUCUCACAGCACAUAAGCUUAUCCAUACAGGUGAGAAACCUUAUGUAUGUGAUCAAUGUGGUAAGGCAUUUAGUCAAUCAACACACCUCAGUAGACAUAAACAUGUCCAUACACAUAAACAUAUCCAUACACCUGACAAGCUCUAUACGUGUGAUCAAUGUGGCAAGGCAUUUAAUCAGAAAGGCAAUCUCACAGCACAUAAGCGUGUCCAUACAGGUGAAAAACCUUAUGUAUGUAAUCAAUGUGGUGAGGCAUUUCAUCAGAAAGGCAAUCUCAAAGUACAUAAGCGUAUCCAUACAGGUGAGAAACCUUAUGUAUGUGAUCAAUGUGGUAAGACAUUUAGUCAAUCACGUCACCUCAUUACACAUAAAAAUAUCCAUACACCUAAACAUAUCCAUACACAUGAGAAGCUCUAUACAUGUGAUCAAUGUGGUAAGGCGUUUAAUAAGAAAAGCAUUCUCAAAGGACAUAAGCGUAUUCAUACAGGUGAGAAGCCGUUUGUAUGUGGUCAGUGUGGUCAAGCGUUUAAUCGGGAAUGUAAUCUAAAAGUGCAUAAACAACUCCAUACAGGUGAGAAGCCCUAUGUAUGUGAUCAGUGUGGUCAAGCGUUUAAUCGUAAUGAUCAUCUCAAAAUACAUAGACGUAAGCAUACAGGUGAGAAGCCCUAUGUAUGUGAUCAAUGUGGAAAGGCAUAUUAUGAAUCCAGUGGUCUGAGAAAACAUAAACAUAUCCAUGAUGAGAAGCCCUAUGUAUGUAAUCAAUGUGGUGAGGCAUUCAAUACAUCUAGUGAUCUCAAAAUACAUAGACGUAUCCACACAACUGAGAAACCCUUUGUAUGUGAUCAGUGUGGUAAAGGGUUUAGUUUUGAAAAACGUCUCACGAGGCAUAAACAGAUCCAUACACGUGAGAGGCAAGACAAGCAAUAUGAAUGUGAUCAAUGUGGCAAGGCGUUUAAUCUGAAAGGCAAUCUCAAAGUACAUAAGCGUAUCCAUACAGGUGAGAAACCUUAUGUAUGUGAUCAAUGUGGUAAGGCAUUUAAUCAAUCAACAGCCCUCAGUGCACAUAAACAUAUCCAUAAACCCAAACAUAUCCAUACACCUAAACAUAUCCAUACACAUGAGAAGCUAUAUACAUGUGAUCAAUGUGGUAAGGCGUUUGAUAAGAAAAGCAUUCUCAAAGCACAUAAGCGUAUUCAUACAGGUGAGAAGCCGUUUGUAUGUGAUCAGUGUGGUCAAGCAUUUAAUCAGGAAUGUAAUCUAAAAGUGCAUAAACGACUCCAUACAGGUGAGAAGCCCUAUGAAUGUGAUCAAUGUGGCAAGGCGUUUAAUCUGAAAGGCAAUCUCAAAGUACAUAAGCGUAUCCAUACAGGUGAGAAACCUUAUGUAUGUGAUCAAUGUGGUAAGGCAUUUAAUCAAUCAACAGCCCUCAGUACACAUAAACAUAUCCAUACACCUAAACAUAUCCAUACACCCAAACAUAUCCAUACACCUAAACAUAUCCAUACACCCAAACAUAUCCAUACACCCAAACAUAUCCAUACACCUAAACAUAUCCAUACACAUGAGAAGCUCUAUACAUGUGAUCAAUGUGGUGAGGCGUUUAAUAGGAAAAGCAAUCUCAAAGCACAUAAUCGUAUCCAUACAGGUGAGAAGCCGUUUGUAUGUGAUCAGUGUGGUCAAGCAUUUAAUCGUAAUUAUCAUCUCAAAAUACAUAGACGUAAGCAUACAGGUAAGAAGCCCUAUGUAUGUGAUCAAUGUGGAAAGGCAUAUCAUGAAUCCAGUGGUUUAAAAAAACAUAAACAUAUCCAUGGUGAGAAGCCCUAUGUAUGUAAUCAAUGUGGCAAGGCCUUUAAUCAGAAAGGCAAUCUCACAGUACAUAAGCGUAUCCAUACAGGUGAGAAACCUUAUGUGUGUGAUCAAUGUGGUAAGGCAUUUAAUCAAUCUGGUUCCCUCAGUAUACAUAAACAUAUCCAUAAACCUAAACAUAUCCAUACAGGUUAGAAGCCGUUUGUGUGUGAUCAGUGUGGUAAAGGCCUGGUCACACCGCCCGAGCGUUGUUGGAGCGGUAGGGAGAGAGGGUCGAAUUUCGACAACGCUUGUCACCGCUCACAAAAUUGGGG